AGCAGUGAUCAUAAGUGCGUCACUACUCAAUACAAGAGAACAUACAACGAACACGGGAAUGGCUUUAUUGAAAAUGUUAUGAUUUCGGUCACCGAAAACAGUAACGGGAGAAUAAUGUCGUUGCUGGAGUCUGAGGUUGUCUCUGUUCUGGAGACACUCGUAAAGACAACGGUAAAUGAAAUGGCGAAAGUCGUGGACUCAUCAGGCAUAACGUUACCUUCACAAACUCACGCUACAGCAGACAAGUCUGUCACGCUGGACUUCACGACACAGUUGAACUCUGUGUUAGAACGUAAUGCAAAGGAAGCUGUGGAGAAAAUAUGCCAGCUUUUCUCUGCCCUUCUGCCCAAAGAAAUGACUCCAAGUGCACAGGAUGACUUGAAAACCAGACUGAAGCAAGCUGAGAAGCAGCACAAGACUUUACAAGGAGAGGCUAAUCUAACUGACAGUGGUCUUCAAAGAAGUCCGUCCACUGACCAGCUUACUCUAGUCUCUGCGGAGAAAAUCGCCAUUGUUGUGAGCCUGGGACAGGAGGAGAUCGUAGACACAGACCAUGUGAAAACACCCACUAAAACACAGAAGACGGCAAUCAUUAGGGCAGAAAAGUCAGCGGAUUGUUCAGAAAACAGCAUGCAUCCUCAGUUUGUGGUGUUGCAGGACAAUGAUGCUGCGGACAUCAGCCUCCCGGGACUACAAAAUACUAAAAACUCCUCUGGGGCUCAGGAUGAUGCGAAAGCAUCUAGAAGUCUGAGUGUGUCAAAAAGCAGAGGUGUGCGGGUGAGCCGUCAGAAGAAAGGUAAAACACUCAGCUGUAAACAAUGUAGAAGGAAAUUUGACUCGGUUGUUCUGUUGAGAGCUCAUCAGGUCGUUCAUGUGGCGGCAGAGAAACCCUUUAGCUGCUCGCAGUGUGGUCGGCGUUUUGGAAGUAAAGGCAGUUUAGAUGUACACUACCAGCUUCAUAGUGACCAGAGCCCUUAUGUUUGCAAUCAAUGCGGCAAGACCUUCACCGAACACAAACAGCUGAAGGGUCACCAGAGGAUUCAUAACGAAGACAAGACUUUCACCUGCCAAAUUUGUGGGAAGUCUUUUCAUCAAGCUUACUGUCUCAGGAAGCAUCUGGUCGUGCAUUCAGGAGAGAAGCUGCAUAAAUGUGACGUAUGUGAGAAGAGCUUCAACUUUCGCAACAACCUACUUCGCCACAAGAGGAUCCAUACAGGCGAGAAGCCGUUCACCUGCCAGACAUGUGGACGAAGUUUCAACCAGCUCGAUUCGCUGAAGGCACACCGUCUAACUCACACCGGCGAGAAACCACACAAAUGCAAAAUGUGCAAUCAGGGCUUUGUCCAGAAGUUUCUGCUGCGGCUGCAUGAGGGAAAGUACACAGGACAAAACGGACACCACUGUUGUGUAUGCGGGAUAGUCUUGGGUUGCUUAAACACCCUAAAAAUGCAUCUGCCGAUUCAUGAGGGACAGUUGCCGGUCAAUUGUACAGUGUGCAGCGAGACCCUCAGUUCCAUCAACACCUUGAAAUCUCACCAGCACAAACACUCUGUGACUAACAAACACAGCUGUUGUUUGUGUGGGAAGUCCUUUCAGAGUGUGGCCGGUGUGAAAACUCACGAAAGGGUUCAUACGGGAGAAAAGCCCUUUGUCUGUUCGGUGUGCGGGAAGACAUUUCGGCAGCAGAACUGCCUUAAGGCUCACCAGACCUCACAUAGCGGUGAAAAGCCUUUUAGUUGUGACACAUGCGGGAAAGGUUUUUCCACCUUGGGAAAUCUCCGUCGACAUCAGCGCAUACACACCGGAGAAAAGCCGUUCAAAUGCGCCGAGUGCGGGCGGGAAUUUAACCAGUCGAAUUCGCUCAAAGCUCACAUGCAUAUUCAUACGGGAGAGAAGCAGUACGUGUGUGACAAGUGUGGGAAGAGUUUUGCUUAUCUCAGAAAUUUGAGGUGCCAUAAAUGUGUAUAAAUUUUAAAGGCAUCAUUCACCUGAAAAAGAAAAUUCUGUCAUUUUUUACUCUUGAUAUGGUGACGUAAACACCACUGGAGCCUGUUGACUUUAUUGUAUUGACAAAAAAGACAUUUCUAAAAAUAUCUUCUUUUGUGUUCCAACAAAAAAUGUGUAAAUGAGUAAAUGAUGGCUGAAUAGGGGUGUGCGAUAUUGACAAAAAAUAAUAUCUUGAUAUUUUCUGGGAUUUUAUCAAUAACGAUAAUUAAUGGUAAUAUUUGGAGAAAAUCUGCACUCUUAUUGUGAAAUUGAUUAUUAACUAUAUGAAAUGGUAUAAAUAUAUACAUGUUCUGCCAUCAUGUGAAUUUGAAUUUGUGAUCAUUCUUAAUGCAUUUAAUAGACUGAAUCAUACAGUGAAAGAAGGCACUCUAAUACAUGCACACUAGUCUAGACUGCACUUAAUGUUUGCGUGCGCUCUGUAGGGGUGUUUUGAAUGUUUUUUGCAAAAUACUCGAUAAUGUCAAAUCGCAUGUUGUUAAAACAACAAUUACGAUAUCAUCGCAGAUGAUAUAUAUCGCAUACCCCUAUGGCAGAAUUUACAUUUUUGGGUAAACUAUUCUUUUAAGUUACACAGUUUAACUGUUCCAAAUAGACCAGACAGGGUUAGUGUGUCUUCAUUUCCAUAUGCUGAUUUCUUCAGUCAGAUAUAAAUACUUCCGUGAAAAAUAUCCCUUAAAAAAUACUUUGACAAAUAAAUCAAAGUCAACAUA